GUAAUGCCCUUUCUAAUUUUAGUUGUGUUAGAAUAGUAAUCCAACACCAGCGCAAUGCAUCAUGAUAGGCCACUGGUCAAGAAGAGACCCAUUAAGGAAAGGCCAUACAAAGGAGCUCACUACCCACACUAUGAUAAAAUUCUCUCUCUCAACCCAGAAAUUCCGGAUCUGUUCUGCUCUUCCUUCCCUUGUCCGCGAGCUGCUCUUGCCGGUGGAGAGCUUCUCGGUUUUUCUGCCCGUGAGCUUUCCCUCCAACUCCCGCCGGCUGCCAAGCUCGCCAGACCCGGUUUGCUGGCCGAAAAUUUGGGAAACGAAACCGAGGUUGGGGAAACCGAGGGGAGUGACGAGAUAGAAGGCUAGCCAUUCUAAUUGGAUAUAAGUUUUAGAUUUUAUCAUCCUUUUGUAAGGAUGGUAAAUAUUGGUUGUUGUUAACAACUCUUAAAAGUAUAAGAUUGCUUCAUUUAUUAAUUUCUCUUUUAAUAUUAUAACUUUUAAUUAAAAAAUGCAGGAGGUUGAGAGCAUUACUUCUCUUAGGUAUGAGGAAAUAAAAAAUAGUACUCCCAAAGACCUUAGCAAGUUUUUAUUAAGGAACACAAGAAUUUGCUAAAUAAAG